AUGGAUCAUCAUAUUGUUGGUGGGAAGUUUAAGCUGGGGAAGAAGAUAGGUGCUGGAUCUUUCGGACAGCUCUAUUUAGGGGUAAAUGUACAAACUGGAGAAGAAAUUGCUGUGAAAAUGGAACCUGUCAAGACCAAACACCCGCAGCUCUAUUAUGAAUCGAAGCUGUACAUGCUUCUUCAGGGAGGAACUGGGAUUCCUCAUCUUAAAUGGUUUGGAGUUGAAGGCGAGUACAAUGCCAUGGUUAUUGAUCUUUUAGGACCAAGCUUAGAAGAUUUAUAUAACUAUUGCAGUCAAAAGUUUUCAUUGAAGACAGUUUUGAUGUUGGCCGAUCAAUUGAUAAGUAGAGUGGAAUAUGUGCACUCUAGAGGUUUUCUUCAUCGUGAUAUAAAGCCCGAUAACUUCAUAAUGGGUUUGGGGCGCAAAGCGAAUCAGCAACUUUCCGACUCUGAUAGGGGUCGAUUGUCAAGGCCUGAUAGUAGCUCAAAACGGGCCACCCUAUCAACCAGCCGCCCCAGCUCCGCAGGUGAGCCCGGUGAAAAUCGUCAUACAAGGCUGAGCUCAGGCAUCCACCGCUCAUCAUCCAACCGGAGAUUGCCACCUGGAGUCGAGCCCAAGUCAUCCUCCGUAACUCGCGCAUCUGCUGCUAGAGGUGUCCGGGAUGAAAAUCUCAAGAGCUUUGAGCUAUUGACUAUUGGCACUGGAAGAAGGAAAUAA